AUGAAAGCAACCAUUACACAAGGAUUUAUCUUAGUUGUUUGUGAAGAUGACGCUGAAAGCGACUGUCGCUUCUGUUUCUUCGGGACAAAAGAGGCGGGAUAUUGGAAGGCUACAUAUGUGCGCCAUUGGUAUGAGAAGGACAAACUGAUGCCCGUGGAUCCACAAAAGAUUCCUGAAAUCAACGAUAACCAUCUCAUGGAGUCUCCGAGCGGAUACAGGUAUCUAGCAUAUUGUCAAGAAAAGACCAUGGGUGUUCAAAUAGCGAGAAAUAUGCCAGGUCAUUUGCGGGACAAGGCUGAAGAUGGAAAUAAGACCACUGGAGACAAGGAUGACCAGAUCUACUGGCAGAUAAAGGAAUGGCUGGGUGGAAGAAAGAUCGAAAUCUAG